AAGAAAAAGAAACAAAAAGCUAAACAAAACAAAAUCAAAUAUUAAUACUAAUUUCAUGGUUUUAGUUGAUUUACUUUAAAUCAAGUAAGAAAAACAAUUUAAACACUUAUUAAAAAUGCAUUCAAAUCGAGGAAAUCGAUCUCGAGGCGGUCCCCGCCACCCACCAGGACUAAAAGGUCGUGACAUUGGCUUAUAUUACAGAAAUUUACACAAAAAUAACAAACCAAAUCCAGAAGAAAGACGAACCGAACUAGGUCCCAAUGUUGGACUACCCACACGAACUCUCACCGAAAUCAACAAAUUGUUGCAAAACUAUGAACACGAAUCAGAUGUUAGCCAAGUUUCUAGAGAAUUUGAAAAACGUUUCAAUAACUUGUUGGGCAAAAACUUUACCGAAUUUGUUAGCAGUAAAUAUAAUUUAGAAGAAUUGAAAAUUUCCAACAAUCCCACUUUUAAUGAAAAAGUAAGACUAGAAUUUGAGGAACAGAAAAAUCAUGAAGUCUAUCGAAAUCGUUUGAAUGCAAGGAAAUCCCUGCCAGCAACACAACAGCAAAAUAUGAUUCUUGAUGCCAUCAAUUCGAAUCAGAUUGUUCUUAUUGUUGGGAGUACUGGUUGUGGUAAGACAACACAAAUUCCUCAAUUUGUUCUGGAUCAUUUUAUAGAAACGGGCAGAGGUUCAAUGUGUCAGAUUGUCUGCACACAACCCAGAAGAAUAUCAGCAAUAACCGUUGCCGAAAGAGUUGCCUACGAAAGAAACGAGAAUCUUGGCAAAUCUGUGGGAUAUUCUAUAAGAUUACAAGGCAUUUCUCCCCGUCCAAACGCAUCGAUAUUGUAUUGUACCACCGGAACCCUAUUGCGCUGUAUGGAAAGUGAUCCUCUUCUCUAUUCGCUGACGCAUAUAAUUCUAGACGAAAUCCACGAGAGGAGCGUUGAAACAGACAUGCUCAUGGGACUUCUAAAGAAGAUUAUUCCCUAUAGAAAAGACUUAAAAGUUGUUCUUAUGAGUGCAACAAUUUCACAGAGCGAUUUCCAAAGAUAUUUCGAUGGUUGUUGCACCAUAGAAAUAGAAGGGACGCUCUUUGACGUUGAAGAUAGAUAUCUGGAGGAUGUUCUUCAGGAGACAGGUUUUAGGAAUUUUGAAACCCAAAGAAAACCCACUCGACAUGGCAGGUUCUCUAAGAAUAAUGAUUCUAAAAAAGUCGCCGAAUUCCAAUCAAUGAUAGAACCCUACGCCCGAGCCAUAAGAAACAAAUACGAUCGUCAUGUUCUUGACUCUAUUCGCAAUCCAUCUUCAGAAGAAUUCAAUCUUGAACUCGUUGAAGAUUUAAUAUUCUACAUUUGUGCGAAGAAGCCACCUGGUGCUAUUUUAGUAUUUCUCACAGGUUUCGAUAAGAUUUCCAAACUAACUGCAGCCCUCGAAAGUUCUAGACGUUAUAGUAGAAAUAAACAUCAGAUAUUCACGUUACACUCAUCGAUGCCAACCAUAGAUCAAAAAAGUGUCUUCAAUCGUCCUCCGAAUGGAGUAAGAAAAAUUAUAAUCUCGACGAAUAUAGCCGAGACUUCUGUGACAAUUGAUGAUGUUGUUUAUGUUAUAAAUUGUGGUAAGAUCAAAUCAACCGAUUACGAUGUGGAAUUGAAUUUGCAAACUCUGGGAGAAAAAUGGGUAACUUUGGCGAAUGCCCAACAACGACGAGGUCGUGCUGGUCGCGUUCAACCAGGAAUUUGUUAUAAUUUAUAUACUAGAGCUCGUGAACGUUUUUUAGAAGCCGUCCCUUCACCUGAGAUAGUUCGCACCAAACUUGAAGGUGUAAUUUUAAAUCUUAAGUUUUUACAUAUCAACGAUGUUGCGGAAUUUAUGAAAACACUUUUAGACUGUCCCAAUGAAAAAGCUAUUCAAUUAGGAAUUACUUUACUUAAAAGAAUUAACGCAUUAGAUGAAAAUGAAACCAUUACUCCACUUGGCAUGCACUUGGCCCAUUUACCAGUUGAUCCUCAAAUGGGUAAAAUGAUUCUAAUGGGAGCUCUUUUUCGUUGUGUUGAUCCUAUUACAACAGUUGCUUCAUCAAUUUCUUAUAAGGAUCCAUUUUAUUUACCAUUAGGUAAGGAGAAACAAGUGGAUCAAGCAAAGAAACGUCUUUCGAAUAAUUUAAAAAGUGAUCAUUUGAUGGUUGUGAAUGUUUUGGAUGAAUAUCGAAGGGCACAGCAACAUCAUGCGGAAAGGAAUUUUUGCUAUGAUCAUUUUGUAUCCCAUUCAGUUGUUUCACAAUUGGAGACAAUGAAGAAACAGUUUUGUGAAUUACUUAAAGAUUCAAGAUUUACUGAAUCAUCUGACCCUCGAAGAAAAGAUCUUAACGUCAACUCAUGUAAUUAUACACUUCUAAGAGCUGUGAUAGCUGCAGGUCUUUAUCCAAAUGCUGCUCAUAUAAGGAAACUGCGACUCAUCAAGAAUCGAGUUCAACCAAUAAUAUCAAUGUCAACGCCUACAGAUCGCAGUGUUAAGUUUCAUCCAACUUCAAUAAAUAGUACAGAAUCUUCAUUUGAUUCACACUAUUUUACAUAUUUUUUAAAACGUAAAUCAGCGAAUGUCUGUUUAUUGGAUUCAACAAUGAUAUUUCCAAUGGCUUUGAUAAUUUUUGGAGAUGGUAUUAAAUGUGGUGUGAAUGAUAGAGGAAGUACAUUUGUGUCGGUUGCUGAUUAUUUUUAUUUUAAAAGUGAUUCAGCAACAAACGAAUUGAUUACCAAACUUCGUCACUUCCUUGGACUACUCUUACAAAAGAAAGCCCUCUAUCCAUCGCCAAUUGAUUUCAAUAGCAAAGAUGAAAUUUUAAUUAAUGCGAUAAAAAUACUACUUUCUCAUGAUGAAGCUAUUCUAUUUGAAGAGGAUAUUGAUGAUUUCAAUGAUGGAGAAUAUGACGAAGAUUUUGAUGAGGAUUAAAACAAAAAAGAGGACAAAUAUCUUAAAUCCUGCAUUUAUUGUUUUCUUUGAGAAUAAACAAAAAAAAAACAUAAAGAAAAAAAGAUAAAAGGUAAAUAAACUAUGAAUGGAAUGAA